AUGAAGGGUCUUUUUCUUAUCCUCUUCUUUUGUCAUUGUUUUAUUAAGAUAUCAUUCUCCCUGCCCUCCUGCCCUGACGGCUACUACUACCGAUGGCCGCAAUGCUGGCCCUGCCCGGCGAUCACCGCCUGCCCUUCCGGCUACUACAGCGACGGCUGCAGCGCGUCGUCCGGCGGCGUCUGCAAGAAGUGCGAUGCUUGUUCGGCCAACCAGUUCCGGGCGGGUUGCGGCAAUGCGAGCGCCGGCGUCUGCUACCAGUGCCAUGGCGUUGUAUCGUCCAACUACCUCUUUCCCUGCCCGCCCGGCACGUACAGCAAUGCCACUGGAAACAGCCGUCUUUCCCACUGCCUUCCGUGCGAAGCUGGCAAGUACAGCGACCAGAGUGGGCAGCUGGCCUGCAAGACGUGCCAGACGGCCACCAUAGCUCCUUACGCUGGCUUUUCGACCUGCUACGACUGUCCGCCGGGCUUCAAAGGGAUCAUUGGAAACUAUCUGACGUGUGAUCAGUGCGGUGUCGGCGAAUAUCAAGACGAAUCCAGACAGACGACCUGCAAGCAGUGCCCUGCGCCGCGCACCUCCAGGCCGAACACCACCGCUAUAGACGGCUGCGUCUGCAGCUCUGGUUACUACGAAGUGGACGGGCAGUGCCAGACCUGCCCGGAAAACUUUGUCUGCCCGAUUUCUUACGUUUAG